AAACCAAGCGUUAUAAACCCUGGAGAAGCAGGCAGGCAGACAGAUAGACCUUUUCCUAAGACUGCUGCCUUCCUCUGCCUCGCCUCUCCCCCAACUGCAAGGAUGAAGGUGGUUGGCCGGGCAUGUCAGUCUUCAGAGACUCCGCAGGCUGACAAACAUCUGGAGAACCCAAAGUCCAAGGAAAACUUCAGGAAUUUCAAGGACGGGGCGCUGAUUGACCGCGUGCAUCACACAUACCUGCUUAUGCACACCAACCAGACGGUGGAAUUUGUGCAAAAGAAGAACGAGCAAUACGGUGGCUGCAACCUCCGUCAGAUGACCAUCAUGGAGGCCUUGGAGCUGCUGGACAAUGUGGUGGACGAAUCGGACCCCGAUGUGGAUUUUCCCAACUCCUUCCAUGCCUACCAGACAGCAGAGGGCAUUCGGGAGAAGCAUCCUGAGAAAGAUUGGUUCCACCUGGUUGGACUGCUCCAUGACUUGGGGAAGAUUUUGGCUCUGGCUGGUGAACCACAGUGGGCUGUGGUGGGAGACACCUUCCCAGUGGGUUGCAAGCUGCAGGACUCGAUCGUUUUCAAGGACUCCACGUUCCAUGACAACCCGGACACAAGGAAUCCUGUAUACAUGACCAAAUAUGGGAUUUAUCAACCCCACUGUGGCUUGGAAAAUGUCCUGAUGUCUUGGGGUCAUGAUGAGUACAUGUACCAAGUGAUGAGAAAAAAUAAAUUUGCCCUUCCAGAGGAGGCCUUCUACAUGGUGCGGUUCCACUCCUUCUACCCCUGGCACACGGGAGGGGAUUACAUGCACCUCUGCAACACCAAGGACCUCCAGAUGCUUCCCUGGGUACAAGACUUCAACAAGUUUGACCUCUACACCAAGUGUGAACAGCUUCCUGAUCCAGAGCAGCUGAAGCCCUACUACGAAGGCUUGAUAGCCAAGUACUGUCCAGGCCAGCUGUCCUGGUGAUCCCCUGGACCUCAACGCCUUUGGACCCUCUGCUCCAGCUUCUUCCUUGGCAAUCCCAAAGGUGUUUUUCCAGGAGGCAACUGGACUUUGCUUUUCUUUGAAGACGUUUCGCUUCUCACCCAAAAAGCUUCUUCAGCUCUGACUAGAUGGUGGGGAACGGAAGCUCUGGAGCAGCGG